AUGAAGAUCGCUGCUCUUACUUUUGCGCUUGCCUACCUUGUGUCGCUGGUGUCGGCGGACGAACCGACGUCCCUAAACGUCGACAACCAUGCCAUGGGCACCCAUUUUCGUGGUGAUGGUGUGAUCACCAAUACGAUUGACGCCAAGAACAACAACGUACUCGUGAGCAAGAGCACAAUUGUUUUGUCGAAGAGCGACCGCGCGCAGCUCGCAAAGGUCAUCAAGGAGAUGUUGGCUAGCCAUCCGGAGGCGAAUAAGGCUGCUGCUGAUCUGAUUCUCGAGCAACUUGAGCAAGACGGCGGUACUGGUACAGGUACGUUGGGGAAUCUUGCAACGAACCGGGCGGUGGUAUCCCACGCGGUGAACAUUCUCGCGUCUGCUGCCAGUGGCGACCCCGCGUCCGCAGCUGGUCAUACCGUUGGCCUUAUCAGCGCGGCAUAUCCAGUGGUGAUGGCGCCUGCUCCCCGUCCAAUGGCAACCGCUCAUAUUCCUUCGAGGACGUUUACCUUGUCUCCUUCGGCGCUAGGUAUCCCUCCUCGUGCGACCCCGCGCUUGUUCACCAAUUCUACGUCGACGGAUGACUAA